CAUGUCAAUAUGUAGCCUGGCAGGAGGCGCAAGACGGGUUGGUGACAUUUGUGUGACACGCCCCUGGUGGUGUGGGGCGUUCUGAAGCUUUUCCACGUAGAAGCUCUCGUUGUCCCCAAUGGUAAGUGGCUGCGUGUCUAGAACAAGGCCGGAGAAAGAUGGCGGCGCCCGUCCUGAGAGUGUCCACCCCUCGAUGGGAAAGAAUAGCGAGGCUCCUUGUUUGCCUUUUGGGCAUUAUAUUGUCCUUGUAUGCCUUUCACGUGGAAAGGGAAAAGGCUAGGGACUCAAAUUAUCGGGCCAUGUGCGACGUGAGCAAUUCUAUCAGCUGUUCUAAAGUCUUCUCCUCAAGGUGGGGUCGAGGAUUUGGACUGUUGGGCUCUAUCUUUGGAAAUGACAGUGCAAUGAACCAGCCAAACAGUGUCUACGGAUUUUUAUUUUAUGUCUUUCAGCUGUUACUAGGAAUGACCGUCAGUGCAAUGGCUGCCCUCAUCUUAAUGAUGACGUCCAUCUUAUCGGUGGUGGGCUCCCUCUACCUGAGCUACAUUCUAUACUUUGUCCUGAAGGACUUCUGCUUCAUUUGUGUCACCACAUACGCACUGAACUUCAUUCUCUUUAUCCUCAACUACAAGCGACUAGUUUACUUGAAUGAGGCCUGGAAGCAGCAGCUCCAACCCAAGCAGGACUAAGUAGUAGAGAGCAAGAAAAUUGUAACAAACAAAAAAGAAAUGUGACCUGUCUGAACAUUUGACUUACCACCAGGAGACCUUGCUUCCAAACAAUGUUUAUUCUGCUGUGUGUUCAAAAAAGAAGAAAAAGACGACUUAAAAAGGUUGGGGCCAGACAUCCAAAAGUUCACUGCAUACAUGGAAGGAUUUAAUAAUGGGAAAAAAAAGUAUUUGUCAGUUUUGUUUUUUUCUUUAUAUUUAUUCUCCCCACUUUAGGGAUGGGUUUUGGAGGAAAUGCAUCCAAGACAAGCAGGCCGAGCCCCAAGUCUUUGUGGAGGACAUCCCUCUGUUGAACAAAACGGAUAAGACGAUGGAAAAAUCUGGGUGUUUACUUGAAAUAAUUAGGAGGUCUUGUUCCUGCACAUUGGAGCUGUUCUAGAACCAGAGCAGAACUGAAUUAUGGGUGUGAGAAAUAGAAAUGCAUGAUCAUGGGUUUAACGCACAGUCAGCAGAUAUGAUUCCAGUAGGAGGGAGAAAAGAAGCAUUAACACCAUACAGAAUAGUUUUUUAUGUUUACACUUUAAAGCAGGUUUCUUUAUUUUGAAGAGGACCACUAAUAUGAAACAUGGAAGAAUGUGAGAAAUCGUGUGUAGAUCAUUGUUUCUUUCUUGCAAUUCUGUAUAUAGCUGCUGAGCAAUAUUCAAGGCUAGAUUGUGAUUUAGUGGUGAUAUAGACUUUAAGUAAAAAAAUAUAAAAAACCAACAAAAAAUCAAAAACACAGACAAAAUGGGAUUUAAACCCCCCUGAAAAUAAUACAAAACAAGCAACAAAAAAUGAAUUGAAGUCAUCAUCUGGGUUAACAAAUCUGAAGAUGUGUUUGCAGUCUGUGUGUGACAUCAUAUUCCCUGCAAUCUCAGCGAGGCAUGCUGCUCUGUUGUGUGGAUCUUCUUGUGUGAUCACUGAUCAUGUCCCCAAUGUCACCGAGCUUCAAAUGGGCCUGACGAGUCUUGUCUUUGCCCAGAAUACUCCAUAGCAGCACCCCCACCGUCUCUCUGACCGUUUUAGUCACGUGUGAAAAGCAUUCCUGACCACCACACCCUAAAGUGGAUCCAUAAAGACUUAUGUGCCUAAAAGAGAGGUGAGGUGAAAUACCAUUAUUGUUUUGGGGGUGUAUACUGUAUGUAAUUUAUCACCACUCUUACUCAUUUGUACUGUUGUUAUUAAUCCAUGGCUUUUUAUAAUAACUUAAUUGUCUGAUGGUUAAACUAAAAUGUCCAACUGAGUAAUUGGGUAGCGCAGGCUGCCAAACUGGGAUUGUCUGGCAGAGCAUCCAGUUAGCACAGGCCAAUGGUUUUCCUUGAGUCAUGCAGGUUCACUGUCUCACCGUUAUGGUGGUAUGCCAACAUUGGAACUGGAAAUCAGUCAUUGGCCAAGGUGUGAAAUAACCCAAGUCAGCAUGGUCUCCAGUUCCAAGUGGGAAUCUAAAGCUCGAUUAUCUUGACCACGUCACACCACACUGAAGCUAAGCUUGUUUGUAUUUUCAGAAAGAUGUUACUCUAUGGUACAAUAUGACCAGGCUCCUAACACGUUGGCCAUUGGACAGUCUGAGAGAGGUUUAGAUGACACUGAACAACAUUUGUAACACGCUGGUGUUCUUCUAGACAAAGCUUUGGUGUAUCUGUGUACCAUGGAAUGCAAUUUAUCCUGAUAAGUUAGCAUGGAGAGGCUACUGUUUAUCAUGACAGAUGUUCAAACCGACUUUUGAUGCUGAUAUGCUUACCCUUUUUUUAUGUUAAUUCAUCAAUUGUGAAGGGCAAUAGGGCUGAGUGCCUGCUGUUGUAAUUGGGUUAAAAAGGAGAGUAUUUGAACUGAAUAUGAAGUGUGAUAUGAGGUACUUCGUCAAGUUGUUACUUGCUAGUUCUGCGUUAUUUUAAACUGCAUUGUCUAUUGAAACUUACCGGAACUGUAUGUGUCAAACUCACUGUGAGAUGAUUGACCACACUAUUUUGUCAUAAUGUACUUCUGAAAAGGCCUGUGCACUCACAUUGAAGGCAGGACUAUCUAAGAUGCACAUAAGGAGUCUGCUUUUAUUUUGAAAAAAUAAGUAGCCAAGACUCUCCCAAAUAUAGACAGAAUUCCAUGUUGUCAAGAUCAUCAUAAAGUCUCAUGUUCUUCCAUCACCUGUGAUACUAAAACCAUAUUUGCUCAGUUACUAAUUCCAGAAAGGCAUGUGGGGUUAGUUGGGUUGCUCCUGACCUAACAGACUGUGUAAGGAGUCAAGGAGACUGCAUUUCUUCAUUUUCUUCACAUAAAAUGUGAGGAUAAAAUGGAUCCAUCAACCUGUGUACAGCUACUGAUCUAAGUGUCCUGUCAUAACUGUUGAAUUAGACCUCAAACCAUAGACCCCAACUGCCACUGUUGUUGCGUCACCAUCGCCAUCAAAAGUGCCUUCUGUUUGAUCACUGGUCUUGGAGCCAAUGAAGAGCAACAGUAAAGCCUUGUAAUUGAAGAAAAUAAUUAUGGUAAAUGGCACUCCUGCUUGCCUUUCUGAAGAUGUAUUCUGAUAAUUGGAAGCCCCCCCCAAAGAUUUGUAUCCAGUGUAACAGUGCAGUACUCCAUAGAAGUGACCCACAAAAUCCCUGUCUCAUAUAAGCGGUCAAUCAUGUUUUUUCUCCUCACAAUGUCCCAGCACAUUCUCAUCUUAAAUCUUUUCUCAUUAGAACUAGGACACUUAAUUCCUAUAAAUACUCUGUCAGAACUACAAGAUUGUAAAGUUAUUUUUCUGUCUGACUGUGACUAGUGAAUUUUUAUUUCUUUCCUAAUGUCAUGUGAAUGAUCUCGCCAGUGGUCAGUGGUUCCAUUUAGCUGUAUAGACUGUUAACAUUCUGGAAUAUUCUAGUAUAGAGGAAGGACUGAAGCUUUAGGAAUCCAUGUGUCAGCGUCAAAUUUAUCUUAAAUCGAGUUUCUUUGGGAGGAAGCCUGUUUUGGUUUGCGUCUGUAUUUGCCAAAUAUAAUUUUUAAAAUGCUGUAUUUUCUUACAUGGAAAAGUGUUACGGGAAUGCUAGGAGGGUGCAGAAAAACAAUCGGAGGCCAGCGUACCUUGCGGGAAACAGUUGCUAAAGUUAACACUACAGUGAACAUUUUAAAUUGUGUCAUUGUUGUGUGGAAAUGGUCAACCAUUAAAACAUUCCCUCUAAAGCA